CCCCAGCAGCAGCAACCACCACCGCAUGCCGCGCCCGCACCCGCUGCGCCCGCACCGUCUGCUCCGAAGACGUGGGCGUCGCUCGCUGCUACGGGCGCGAAGAGCUGGGGUACCGCCGUCGCCGCCCAGUCCCGCGGCACCAGCGAAGCGCCCGCGCCCAGCACGCGGCAAGACGCGCAUCCCGCUUUGAUCGCCGCGCAGAACGUCCAGACAGCGCAAUGUUUCAUCAAGGGCGUCACUGAGAACAUCACCGAUGCGGCGCUCCGGACAACUCUUACCGCACGCUUCGGGCCGGUCAAGGAGCUCGAGAUCGUCCGGAGCAAGGUGUGCGCGUUCCUCGAGUUCAACCAGCUCGAGGCCACGCGCCAGAGACCAGUGAGGCGCCGGCGGGCAAAGAGCUCGAGAUCGCCCGUGUUCGGUGUUGUGUAG